CCAGCCCUGCGGGCGGGGGCCAGGCUUUAGGGAGUGGUCCGGAGGAGACUGGCUUGUGGUCCAGAGCCGGUGUGACCACUCCCCACAGCAAAGAUGUUCCUGGGGGUUCGGAGAGGCCGCAAGAGCCAGUUUAAACACAUCAUCCAUGGCCUUCUACCUGCAGCCAGCAUUGCACCAAAGCCAGCUGUGCCCCGCACACCUCCUCCCCGAAGCCCCAAUCCCUCUCCAGAGAGACCAAGGUCUGCUCUGGCUGCGGUAAUUCUAGCAACGACAUUGACUGGCCGGACCGUUGCCCUUCCUCAGCCACGCCGGAGAUCGCAGUCCGAGAGCGACACCACCUCCAUCGAAAACAGCUGUUUCUUGGAGCCCUAUGCCACCACCUCAGAGCUGAGACCAAAUUGGCAGAGUGGGACAGGAAGGAGAACUUCUUUGCCAUCCUUUGAAACGCUGGGCUACAGGGAGGAAGAGGACACUGACUCGAGCCUGUCAUCCAGCUCCAGGGAGGCAGGGGAGGUCAGCGCUCGGAACGAGGAAGGAAGUCUCGGCGAUGCUGUGUACGCCGUGUCACAGAGAAAUCAGGUUCCAUUGUCAUGUGGGGCGGACAAUGAAGACGAAGGAAAUAUUUCUGAGCAAAAUGGGUUUCCAGGCUCACCGUUGACACCACAGCGUACACAAGAAAAAGAUGGUGAAUAUUCUGUUCUGAAUUUAAAGGAUGAAAAACCACCGUUAUGUGGAAAACCUCCUCCCUCCCCAGACAGAACUUCUAGAACACCUCAACGAUGUGUCGAAAUAACCAAAGAAAAGUUUGAGGAGUUAAAAGAAGAAAAUUUGCUUCUGAACAAUGCAAACCAAACCCUGACUCUUGAAGUGAACACACUAAAGCGAGCAAGGAAAGAACUACGGCUCAGACUUGAGAGAACAGAAAAAGAAAGCGGGAAGCGGAAGGAGGCUGAGCGCCCGUCCUCUCAGGCAGUAGUUGCUGCACCUGAACUACUUUAUCUAAGAAAACAAGCUCAAGAACUGGUGGAUGAAAAUGAUGGGUUGAAAAUGACUGUCCAUCGUUUGAAUGUAGAACUGAGCAGAUAUCAAACAAAAUUCAGGCAUUUAUCCAAGGAAGAGAGUAUGAAUAUUGAAGGCCUACCGUCCAAGGGCCCUAUACCACCCUGGUUGUUGGAUAUAAAGUAUCUGUCACCCUUGUUGCUGGCUUAUGAAGACAGAAUGAAAGAAAAGGACGAGCUCAUUGCCGCCCUUCAGGAGGAAAUGAGGGUGUUCAGGAUGCGAGUCCAAGACGUGGUGAGAGAAAAUAAAGAAUUGCACCAACAGUUAAAUAACAGCAGUCCUAUCACCAGUGAGGAAUGGCAUCAGCUUCAGACUCAGGCGGAACUGGUUUUAGAGGAAAACAGGUUGUUGAUAGAGCAGUUGGAGAUUCAGCAAAGAAAAGUCAAGGACACGCACCAGGAGCGUCUCCAGGAAGUUUCUAAACUGACUAAACAGCUAAUGCUUCUGGAGACUAAAACACAGAGCCAAGAAAAGGAGCUGACUAAAAGCAAGAAGCAACUGGAAAGUUUAUGUGCCGAGUGCCAAGAACUGAAAACGCAGUUGGAUGGCAAAAUAGCCAUGGAAGUUCAUGCUUCGAUUGUAAAUGAAUUACAGAGCCGGCUGCAGAAGGAAGAUGAGAAGGAAAACGCUGAAAUGGAGCAGCUGAUGGAAAAGUUGACAGUCCUGCAGGUGGAGAAAAAGAAUCUGCUGUUAGAGAAGGACAGUCUGACAGCUAAGAACAAAGCACUGGGAGCUGAACUCCAAGGGGCACAGAAAAUAAAUAGGAGAUCACAAAAAAAAAUUGACGUCCUCAAAAAGCAGGUGGAAAAAGCCAUGGAGAACGAACUGUCUGCUCAUCAGUACCUGGCAAAUCUUGUUGGCCUGGCAGAGAACAUAACUCAGGAACGUGACAAUCUUAUGUAUUUGGCCACAUGUUUAGAAAGUGAGAAACAUGGAGUUCUCAACAAAAUUAUAAAAGGCAAUAUUCGCAUCGGAAGGUUAGAGGAAAAAGUCAAGGGGUACAAGAAGCUGGCUUCACUGAGGCUGGAUGACAUCAGUCACUGUCUGACAGAGCAGCAGGAGGACUUUGCUAGCAAGGCAGCUCAGUACCAGCAGGAGAUGAGGCACCUCCACCGGAUGCUGCAGGACAAGCAGGAUGUCCUGGACGAGGCGCUGCAGCAGAAGAGAACAAUAGAAGGAGAGCUCGAAGUUGUUUGGGAGUCCACCUCCAAGGAGAACCGAAGGAUCCGAGAACUGCUGCAGGCCACACUGGAGAGGACAGGCGUGGGGGACAAGGCGCGAGCUCGCGAGGACCCCUGCCUCGCCGGCCUCUCGCAGGGAGACGUGCUAGGGGGCCACUUCAGCUACUGUGACAUGAAGCCGCCUCCCACCACCCGCCGGGGCCUGCGGGAGCCCCUGGGCUAGGCCCCUGCCGGAAAGGUCCCCUUGGCCGGGGCAGGGAACGGCCAACUGCCACCUACCUGCAGUGUGUUUUCUACUCAGGGCUAGGAAGAAAUAAACU